UGUCCGUACUAAAUACGACGGGUUUCUUCUCACUAUUUCCCUCAGGGCGGGAGAGGCGGCCCGCCAUAGAGGAGUGGAACGCCCUCCCCCUCGUAGCCGGAGCUGUCCUCCUCCGUCACGUGCCGGGGGCGUGCACAGGGUGCACGAUGGUGGCGGUGGGGCCUGGCGGCGGCAGCAGCACCACCAGCGGGUAGAAAAUGGCGGAUUUCGAGGAGCUGCGGGGAUAUGCUCCACCACCAAAAAAUGGAAUUGAACAGAAGCAACCUGGGCGUCCUUUAAAUAUAACAUCUCUAGUUAGGUUGUCAUCAGCAGUGCCAAAACAGAUUUCCAUUUCCUGGGCUUCUGAAAUUGGAAAGAAUUACUCCAUGUCUCUGUAUCUCGUUCGCCAGCUCACUUCAGCUAUGCUUUUGCAGAGGUUAAAAAUGAAAGGUAUCAGAAACCCUGAUCAUUCCAGAGCACUAAUUAAAGAAAAACUUACUGCAGAUCCUGAUAGUGAGAUUGCUACAACCAGUCUGCGGGUAUCUUUGAUGUGUCCUCUGGGAAAAACAAGACUGACAAUCCCAUGCCGGGCUGUUACUUGCACACACCUGCAAUGUUUUGAUGCUGCUCUUUAUCUUCAAAUGAAUGAAAAGAAGCCUACCUGGAUCUGCCCUGUCUGUGACAAAAAGGCAACUUAUGAGAGCCUAAUAUUAGAUGGGCUCUUUAUGGAAAUCCUUAAUGAAUGUUCAGAUGUGGAUGAGAUCAAAUUCCAAGAAGAUGGGUCCUGGUGCCCCAUGAGGCCAAAGAAAGAAGCAAUGAAAGUCUCAAGUCCACAGUGCACCAAAAUAGAAAGUUCCAGUGUUCUUAAGAAACCCUGUUCUGUGACAGUGGCCAAUGAAGUAAACAAGAAGAAAGUUGACGUUAUUGACUUGACAAUAGAAAGCUCUUCUGAUGAAGAGGAAGAUCCUCCUGCCAAAAGGAAGUGCAUAUUUAUGUCUGAAACACAAGGAAGCCCAACCAAAGGGGUUCUUGUGUAUCAGCCACCUACUGUCAGAGUGCCCAGAGUGACAACAGUUGAUGCUGCUGCUAUUCCACCUUCAUUAACAGACUACCCAGUACCAUUCCAUCUUCCACCAAUAUCCAGUAUUUCAUCAGACUUGCCAGGACUGAAUUUUCUUUCACUAAUCCCAGUUGAUUCACAGAUCUGAACUGCCAAAAGCGGGAAUAACAGAAGUUUGUUCAUGCGGAAGACUGCAAGCAGGUAUGCUGCUAUGAACUGUCCAUUUUGGACAGUUCAAACAGCUCAGGCUCAGUUUCAAACUUAUGCCAAAGAUUCGAAUCCACAGGGUAAGAGAAAGUAAAGUGUGUCAAACAAUGUGCGCGUGUGUGUGGGGUGUCUUAUCUUCUUUGACAUCUGGCAACCUUGUUCUGUUUCUAAAUGCUUAGAAUGUUCAGCUCUGAAAUAGCUUGUCUUUCACUUCAGGAAAUUUAAAUCAACUUAAGAAUUUUUCCUUAUCAGACUUGAUCAGGGCUCAUUUAUCACUACUAAAAUGUUUAUAUACCUGCAUAUAUUGUUGUCAGUGUAUACUAUGAAAAUGUUGAUUAGUACAGCUGCUGCCGUUUGAGGGGAUGAAAUUAUUCUAACCUCCACUGAAGGAGCAGAAAGCAUUUUGCUGCCUUUCAUAAUGAAAGGAGCCUAAAAUAGGCAGUUGGGCCCAGUACCUAUGGGCAGUGAACAUUCUCCAAAUGUUAAGGGGUUUUGUGGGUGGGAUUUUUGUGGACAUGAUGUUUCUUAAUGUGCUAAUAAAUGUUCAAGCUAACUAUUUAAUAAGAAAAUCAAAAAGGGGAGGAUGAGGGAAAAGGACUCGGUUCAUCUUUGCUUGAUUACUUGCUGGUCUGCAGAACUCUGGUUUUUGCUAUGCAUGUGUUAACAAGGGUCUGAUAGUAAAAUGUUUUGUGCUUGUCGCUCUUCAGAGCAUACAUUUUCCUUGUGCAGUUAAUCUCUUCAUUCUUCAUUGUUUCAAGCAGUACUGUCCUCUUAUGUUUUUGGAUAGUCUCACUUCAACCUUAACAAGCAGCAUGCCUGGCAGCAUCAUCACAUCAACCAGCCACCAUGAGAGCAGCACAUGUUAGCUCCUCCAGCAGGAGCAAGACAGGAGUGAUAACCAGAAGCAAAGGCAGUGUUCCUGACAUCAUCUCACUGGACUGAAACAAGGGCCAGCACAGGACUCCCAGAGAAAUUGCACAGAGCUGUUGCUUGUAUCUCUGGAAAUUCAUAAUCUCAGAAGUUAUGCUGAUAUUUAUUGAAAGGAUUUGCCUUCUAGAAAAUGGAGUAAAUUCAUCAACACCAAACAGAAGUGAUAGAUUUUUUUAUUUUUUUUUUCUUGCUCAUUAUACAGCUGGCAUAGAAAAGGCCCCUUCAUAACAUGCGUUUAUGCUUUUGGUUUGUUCUGGGGAAACUGUUGCUGGGUGGAUGUGGAUGCUAGCUUUGGAGCAAGCUGUAGGCCCAUGGCCUGACAGGCCUGCCUGAGAAGCUAGCCUGGGAAAUUCAUGGGAGGAUUCAAAACAAUCCUCAAAGACACAAAACAGCCUGCAGGUGCUGUUUUCUGAUUCCUGUGUUUUCCUUACAGGAGAAGGUCAGGGGGUGGUAAACCCCACUGACCAAUGAUGGUAAUGUAGUAUUUUACUAACCAAUAAGAGUUUCCUU